AUGCCAUGUGCAAUCAGAAGUCAAAGGAAGAACCAAGAGACCAAGAGACUAGACAAUGGGAUUGGACCAAACGAUUCAAGCAGCCGCUCCAACCAAGACUGCGACACGCACACAAACUGGGCCAAGGCUGCACCCAAGACCAGUGACAAGCUGCAAUCGUCAAGUCAACCAUGGAGAGUUGGAGAUGGAUCUACGACUGUAGUAGGGGGCUCAGAACUAGUCAAGAGUCAAGGCUCGAUGGGAGGAAAGGCCAUUCCCAGCACAAUCGCCACACUCCCGGGCAGUCUCCCAGAGCCGGUGCCGUCUUUGCGUCUAUGUGUCCUUGGUGUCUUUCGCGGGACGGUGGAAUUGAGUUUCAAGGGUCCUGGGUCCGCGUCCCACUUGUUCUCCAUUCUUUUCUGGCGCACUCCCACUCAAGACGCGUGUUCAUGGGGGUUCUUGACUCUUGCCAACUUUUUUCUUUCUUCGUUCUUUCUUUCCCCUCUCUCUCCUUUACAAGGUGCGAGGUGCGAGGUGCGAGGUGCGAGGUGUCUGCCCGCAGCCCGUGUGCGGCUGCCAAGUCUGUUGGGGGCACUUGCUUGGUCUUGGACUUGGGAAGGAGCCAAGGCGAAUGAGGGAAAGGGUAACGCAAGGCCCCAGGAAACCAGGAAGGUGCAACUUGUGAGUCUGGAGAAUGGGCAAUGGCCCUGCGGCGCAUUUGCACCCGCGUACUUGCCCAGAUGGUCCCGCCCCUCCGUAUCGAGUACGGUCCUUCCUUCCCUGCCAAACCAUCCACGUAUCCAAGGUCCCCCCAAGGUUGCAGAUGGGAAGGUUCCAAGGUGCUCUGCUUCCUCUUCGGUUUUCUUAGCCGUGUUCGGUGACCGUCACGGUCCUCACCCCGGGCAAGGCUCAAGGUCUGAGGUCCCUGAUGCUCAGGUAAUACGCGCACUGCGCACCGCACACCACCCGCGCACUUCGUACCGUCUUCGGGUCCCUGCCUUACCUUGA